AGUGUCGCUGUGAGUCUGAAAAAGACGGGAAGAAAAAGAAGAAGGAGAUUAUAGGAAUUCCGAGAAAUGAUGAUAAAGUCGGCAUAAUUAGUUUAGUGGCUGGAUUUGCAGUGCAGUUUCUCUUCAGCAAUUCCAACAAUCAAUUGAAUCUCUAAUUCAACGCCCCUGAUUAGAUAUUUUUGUGUGAAUCUCAGAGGAACAAUACUCACAGCAUCUCCAGCCUUUGUCAGGUUAGUUCACCUUGAUUCUUGAUUUUGGCUGCCACUGCCACACACAAUUACAAAAAUAAAAACAGGUGGUAAUUCGGGAGAAGGUAUUUGUUAUUUCGUGAUUCAUGUCUUGGUCCGAUGACGUAGUGGGGAAUUUAAUUUAAUGGCCUGAAUUGCCCCGCAUAAGAUCAACAUUGGCAUCCUCUUCGUAUCACUCUCAAGCACAGAUUUAGUACUUCUUCGCUUGCGAUACUGUCGAGAUUUAUUUUCUGUGCAAUGGGGUUCUCUUCGGGCUUUGAUGAUGACUUCUAUCAUCCUUACCAUUCCCACGAGGAUACCUUUGAUUCUUUCGAUGAUGACCACUUUAAACUUGACCACGAUCAUCAUGACGACAGUGACGAUAGUUCCUUCCCGAUGGAUAUUUUUAUUCCGAUUGUGGUGUGCUUCGUAAUCUUCUUGCUGUGCACUAUUUGUGGAGUGUGCUGCCGGAAGAAGCGCAAUGCUGGAGCUGUAUUUUCAUCUCCAGUUAUUGUGACCUCAUCGACUCACACAACGGCCACUGGACCCUAUCCAGUGACUGUGGCUGUUCCUGCGGCCACUAUACAACAAUCUGCUGCCCCUUACGGGCAGCCCGGUGUAUAUCCUAUGCCUCAGCCGCAAUCUAGCGGAUACCCAGCUCCCUAUCCACCCGCUCAGACUCAGCAAUCGGCCCCCUAUCCACCGGUAUCAGGUGCCGGAGGAAGUAUGCCAAUGCCUCAGAAUUCCACAACGAUGAAUCCACCAUCGUACGAUCAAGUGGUAAGCAAUGAUGCCUAUCAGAAACAAGCUCCAUACAAUCCCAGCUAUGGCGGUAAUUAAGGGGUUAGAGUUAUAUAAAUUCACAGGUGAGAAAGUGGGUGUAUUUUUUGAAUGUGCUCACCAAAGUGAUUUAAAUGAUAAAUCAAUGGCUUAAAGUUGUUUCAAUGGUAUUUCUCUGCAUUUUUCCCACAACCUGUGUGACUCCCAAAGUGUCCAUAAAAUAAUAAUAAUAUUUAAUGUUUAAUUCUUCCUGUUGCAAAUAAAAAAAACAAAACAAAACAAUGAGAUUACCUUAAAAAUGUCUUCAAAUAUAUAUGAACUAUCUUUUUCUUAAAGCUCUAAAAUUCUCCUAAAUGCAAAAGUGUCAGUUUCAUAAAAGAGUGUAUUUUGAUGAACGGAAUUUACAGAGAUAAACUAUUUUGUAUUGAAGUUUCUUACAUAAUAAAACAAAAGAACAGAAUAAGAAAUGAUAGGGUGUUAGUGAUUUUGAUAACAACACCCUCCUAAAGAGUGAUAAUUUAUUUUUUACUUACCAUUUUUUCUACAUUUAAACAUAAGAAGUUCAAAUGUAUAGAAAUGUAUUUGGUACUGAAAAUAUUCUGAGAAUUAAAUGAUUUUUUUUUAGUUUAUCUAGAAUUUAUAAAAUUCCAAUCAAAUAAUAACUACACGUGUGUAGCAUUUUAUUGGCAUUUCUGAGGCUCUAGGAUAAUUUGAAUUUUUGAAAACUUGAUGCCUUGUAUGAGACUUGAGAGCCUCAAUUAAAAAUUAAAAAAAAUAUAUAUAGGGUAAGUGUGUUAAAUACCGGCCAGCUUGCAAUUCCGGCCACCUUUUUUGUUCCUCGAAUUUUCAUGAAUUUUUAGUUUUUACAUACUCCAGAGAAUAUACAAUGCAAAAGAAUAACAGAAAUGUCGCUUCGAGAAACGAGAUGACGUGAAAAAGACAUUUGAAGAAUUCCGGAAUGGCAAGGAACUAUGAGAAUAAAGGUGGCCGAAAUAGGGCACCAAAGCUAUGUCUACAUUUUUAUUCAUUUUAAAAUGUAUUAAGAGUGAUUAUAGAGAAAAUAAAGACGAUAAAGUAGAAGGAAUGAAAAAAAUCAAUUUCUAUUAAAUAUAUUACAUUUCAAACUUGAGACUUUGGUGCUUGCAUGCAACUAUGCCGAAAUUUGGCACACUUACCCUAUUCGUGAAAAUUGAAAUGUUUGUGAAAAAUUAGAGAGAAAAAAACACAAAUAUUUUAGCCAUAAGUUAUUGAAUUUAGUCAGUUUAAGUUUAAAGAUUUAUAGAUCGAUUCCUUUUUAGGAAAAGAGAAAAAUAUGUACUUCGAGAGAAUUUAAGCAAAUAAAUAUUUAAGUGAAAAA